CAUUUUUGGAAAAACAAUUGAACGAAUGACAUUUAAUAUUUUAGUUAAACGAUAGAUAAAAUAUAGUUGUGGGAAAGUUUAACUGUGAUCAUGGACACAACAAGUUCAAGUGAUUUACAAGAAAGUGUUUGCAUUCCUCUGCUAAAUGAUAAUAAUGUAGAGGAUGAUAUUCAAAACGAAGACAAACCAGAAGAUGAGAAUGAAGUAGAAUCAAUUAUUUUAAGUUUAAUUUAUGAAAAAGGAAAAUUGGGUGCUGCUUUUUAUAAUUUAGAAUCAUAUCAGAUUUCAGUCUUACCAGAUAUAACUGAUAGCAUUCCACAUUUACACUUAACAAAAAGUUUAUAUCGACAGAUAAAACCAAAACGAAUAAUAACUAUUAAUAAAAUAUCGGAUAUCUUUACUAAAACUCUUGUAGCUUUCAUUAAAAAUACUGAAGUUGAACAAUUAAUUGAAAAAUUACCAGAAAAUUUUCAAUUACUAUCACGAAUUAAUCAUUCCUAUGAUACAUGUAAACGUCGGGUAUUGUCUACACAAUUGAGUACUGAACCAGAUAAUUCGAGUGACGAAGAUCGUGUACAAUACUUACAAACAAUGUUAGACUUUUCUAGUGAAUUAAUGAUUCAUAGUCUUGGUGUUCUAUUAAUGUAUGUAGACAAAUAUUGGGGUGUUUUAGAGCAUCGUCAUAAUGCCCAACAAACUUAUAGAAAUUCUAAGUUUUAUAGUAUCAAUAUUAUAUCGCUGGACACUCUGGUUUUAAUGGAUGAUGAAACGUAUAAAGCUUUGCAAAUUUUUGAUCGAUUAGAUCAAGGGAACAGUUUCCAAAAGAAAAGUGGUGGCUUUGAUAGUCCAAAUAUAAGUUUAUUUAGUUUAUUCAAAAAUUCACGUACAGUUUUUGGUCGACGAAAAAUGCGGGAAAUUUUUAUGCACCCUAUCAAUGAUUAUGAAAUACUUCGUGAUCGUCAAGUUGUCAUUGAUUUCUUUCUAAAUGUUAAGAAUGAGGAUAUUUUAAAAAAUAUAUGCGACAGUUUAAGACAUAUUACUAACUUAAAUACGAUAUCUAGUUGUAUCGAAAUUAGUGAUUUACUUCGUGCCCAUUAUAAUUUGUGUACAUUGUUUCUAAAUAUUACAAAUAUUGAUAAUAAUAUCUUAUUAAGUAUUACAAAUUGUAUCUCAGAAGUAAUUGAUUUGAAUUCAGAGGAAAACAAUGUUUGUAUAAAUCCGGGAAUUGAUGCAGAUUUAGAUGCUAAAAAAAAUCAAUAUACUCAACUUGAAAAUAUAAUAAGUAAUUUGGCAAGUGAAGAAAUUAAAUUUUUACCACGGACCAUUCAAGGCUGUCGCAUUUAUUAUAUGGCUGAAAUUGGCUACCUUUUACAAGUAAAAUUUUCCAAGCCAGAAUUAACCGUUGACGAUAUUAAAAGUGUUGAAUUCCCUGUAAUGUUUCAAACAAGAACUCAUGUAUAUUACAAAAGUCCAAUAUGUUCACAAUUAGAUCAAAAUUACGGCGCUAUAAAAAUUGAAAUUAUUUCUCAUGAAGUACGAAUUUUAAUACGUCUAGCUCAUUUUAUUGAGAGAUAUUAUUCGUAUAUACAAAAUUGUUUGACUCUAAUUGGCGAAUUAGAUUGUCUAAUCACAAUGGCAAAUGUAGCUAAAAAUUAUGAACUAGUUUGCCCAGAAAUCACACAUGAAAAAGUAAUAAAAAUUGUUGAUGGCCGUCAUCCAUUAAUGGAACUUCAUACUAGUAACUAUGUGCCGAAUGACUAUUGUUCAUCUAUUGAAAAUGGUCUAGUACAUAUUAUCACUGGACCAAAUGCAAGUGGAAAAAGUGUUUUUAUGAAACAAGUAGCUUUUAUAGCAUUUAUGGUUCAUAUCGGUAGUUUUGUACCUGCUAGAUCUGUUACAAUGUCUUUAUUAAACGUGUUACAUACUCGAAUUAAGACCUUAGAAUCAUGUUCGGCUGGGGUUUCAACAUUUUUAAUUGAUUUACGCCAAAUGGCACAUGCCAUGUAUACUUGUGCAAAUAAGUCAUUAAUUGUAAUUGAUGAAUUUGGUGUUGGCACAACCGAAUUGGAUGGGGUUUCAAUAUUAAUUGCGUCAAUAGAAUCGUUCAUUAAUCAUACCGCUGAAGAGGUACCGCACAUGUUAAUUUCAACACAUUAUACACAGCUCAUAUCACAUUUUGAAAAUUCACCAAUUGUACGAAAUUAUAUGAUGGACUAUACAAUUGAUGAAACUACUGAACAAAUAAUUUUUUUGUAUAAAACUGUGUUGGGGAAAACAAAGUCAAGUUAUGCAACUCGAGUGCUAGAAAUAGAAGGAUUUCCGGCAGAAAUUGUGAAUCGUGUUAAAGAAAUUAUACCAGCGGUUAGAAACGGUGAAACAUUCAUUAAAAGGGUACCACAACCAAAUUUAACGAAUCGAUUUUUAAAGGAAUUCAAUAAGCGAUUUAAUAACAUUAGUAGUCCUUAA